UCGUAAUAAUUCGGCUGCCCUGCUGUCUAAAAUCAGUUGACACGUGCAUGUCAGGGCGAUUGAGUGACGACAGCCUUCCUAAUAUUUUGUCAUCUUAAAGCGACAGGCGAGUCCUGAAAAGCACCAGUUCCCGAAGCCAAGUAUCUACAUCCUAUUUACAAGAACCUCUUCACUUUAAGCAGCUUCUCUAAGGAGCCUACGCCUGAGCUUGUAUCGAUGGCAACGGGGGAUUCCCAAGACGACGUGCAGUACGUACGGACUCUCAGUAAGCAGAGCACCGCCAAAAAUGUCACAACUGAAGAAAACAACAAUUGUUCUGAAGAAAAGGAUCUGCAAACGAUCUUUGAGAACUUGACUACAGCUGACGAAACAGAAAUGGAAGAAGAUGUGUCAGUAUUGUUGAAAUUUCGUCCUGUCGAUGCCCUAUUUUCCGAUCUCACUUUUCAACUCGUUGGUUCCAUGGAUGCGGAUUUGAUCUCUUUGACGACAUAUCUCAUUGAAAGUAACGGAGGUCGCGUGGUGUCAAACGGCGCCAAAUACAAGGUUACUACACCCGUCGUCCAUGCCGAAUUGCUCCCAGACGAUCCAAUUGGGCAAGCUGUUGUGAUCAACACAUUUUGGAUCGAGGACUGCAUCGAUGAGGAUUGUCUAGUGGAAAUUGAAAUCUAUCAUCAACCAAUCAAAUUCCAGAACUGUCAAAUAUUUGCAGGAUGUGUGGUGUCGUUCAGUGGGAUUCAAGGUCGACUGAGAGAUUUCCUUCAGUACUUGGUCGAUCAUCUUGGAGGCAAACAACAACAGUUCUUCUCUCGCAAAAUGGUCGAAGCUAAAGACGUUUACCCUUCCACACAUCUUGUAUGCCCCAAAGCUGAAGGAAGGAAAUAUGAAAAAGCCGUCAAGUGGGGAGUCCCUGUCGUUAACGCUGAAUGGAUUAUUGCAUCCGCCACUUCUAGUACUCGACUGAAGGAAACAGAUUUCGGGAUCUUUCGACCACCUGGUGAUCCUGCUGAAACACUCUCAGCUCCUACUUCAUUUUCAUCAAUUACUUUUGAUGCCCCCACGCCUGUUCAAAUGGGGCAACCAACGAUUCCUGUGAUACUCCCUGUCCUGACUGACUCGGCUUCAGAGGGCUUUUUACUGCAGACUUCUCAUGGUACACCACCGUGUUUACCAGAUGCAGUUAGCCGGAUAUCACAAAGGCCAAAUGCAUCGCAGAGACUAAACGAGUCGAAGAGGCCAAAUGCUUCACGGUACAGUGGCCAUUCUUUCCGGAUCAUGUUCUCUGGUAUGUCACAAGAAGAUCGGGACAGCUGUGUUCAAAUAAUCGAAGUGCUAGGCGGGAUUGCCAUCGAUGGCAAACAUUACGAUUCAACAUGCACUCACCUUGUAGUAGCAAAACUUGAGUGUAACGACAAGCUGAUGACAUCUAUCGCUGCUGGAAAAUGGAUUGUUCAUCCUGGAUGGAUCGCAAAGAGCGAGCAAACUUAUCACUUUGUCGAUGAGCGAAUAUUCGAGUGGGGCAAUCCUACGUCCAAUGAUUCCAUUUCCAAAGAAGAAGCCAGGAUUUCCGCCGCUGCUUAUUACUGGCGCACUAUUCGAAACCGUGGCCUUUCUACCGGCCCUUUUCAAGGCAUUAAGGCCGUACUUUACCUCCGCAAGAAGAACGAUGCCUUCCAGCAGUUGAUUGAAGCCGGCGGAGGAGAAGUGAUUGCUCCCGAAUUGGCUUUGGAGAAUGGAAAGACCAACCUCUGUGUCCUGGAUAGUCGUGAAAUUAACAAAAUUAAACUUCGUUUAUACGUCAGUAAAGGUAUCUAUUGCGUCCCACCCAAUUAUCUCAGGGACUUGAUCCUCGCCAAAGACAAUAAGUGCCAGUGGGCGGAAUGUGUUUUGCCAGAAUUUCUCCCCUUUUUAGACACCAUUCCUUCAACCCACAUUUAGUUAUUCUAUUGUCGUUAUCUGUUCCUAUAGCUGAUUUAUCUCGAAAUAGUGUCUUAACUUGUUCUUUAGCGUCAGCAAGAAUUAUUGAACCAGGUUGCGGUUUUUGAUUGGGUUACAAAAGACUUUUAACGAAUGUUUGUCGAGAGAAUUGCAUGCUGUUUGUUUUUUUAAGAAAAGAAAGUGAUGGGAACAAUUAUGUAGAUUCUCAAAAUAAUCCUCCGCGAGGGAAUCCGAAAUUUCUCUUUCAUUCUUGAUUGGUGACGUAGUGGU